AUGAUUUGCUCUCGGGCGAAGAUUAAAGUUCGGUUCGCGGUACUCGGUUUCUCAUUGAUUGUAUUCAUUUUCCUGGCUUCGGAAAAAUGUGGAACUGCACGUGAUAAAGUAACCCGGGAUUCAUUUAUGAAAGAAGUCGAUAUUCUUGAACGUUUAUUCCCGUUUUUGCGUCCUCAUCUUUCCAAUCCAGAUCAUAAGAGGAGUGAUCUUCCGAUUACAAACUCAAUCAAUGUACCACGAUCGUUGGAAGACAGAGAAAAUCUUUUUUUACCAAUCUUUGUUUUCAAAACCGCGGAUAGAGAUUUAUCAGCUGCAGUCAGAAAGGAAGAAGACAAUAACUGCAAUAUUGAUAGAAAAGGAAGAAAUAUAGAAAGUCAUGUGUGGAAUCCAAGCGCUGGAAGCAGUGGAAUAAGACGUACGGGGCCGCAAAAAACAAACGAUCAAGAUUGUUCAAGUGGAACAGGGAACCAGCAGAAAGAUUACAACAGAUUUGAAACAAAUUUUGAUUCUGUGGGUCCUUGUAAUUCUACUACAAUAAAAGACAACUUUAGUGCCGAUUUAUAUUAUUUUGAAGCAAAACUUACAAAUGAAUCGGACUCCAAUGAUGACGUGGUUGUCAACGUUUCCGAUUUACAGAAAUUCAAUGAAACCAUUCCACAGUCAAGACACUAUAUUUUCCAAAAUGAUAGUCAAGUAUUUCAUAAAUCGGUUGAUAAAAUCAACAAACUUAGUGUUUGGAGAAAUAACUCGGAUGUCACGUAUGAAUUUCCAAUGUCGCCAGAAGAUGCGGUGAAUAUAUUUGGGGUUGCUUUAACAAAAUGGGAAAAACAAGAAAUUUUUAAUUACUCAAACAUCUGGUACCUUGGGCUGAGUGCAAAUAAGAGUCAACAUCAAGAGAACAAAACCAUUAAUUUUGGAUUUGAUUUUGAACAGAAGAAUAGAGACGGAUAUUAUAAAUCGAUAAUUCAUGAUCACAUGGCAUACCGUUACGAAAUAUUAGAGGAACUUGGAAGUGGCGCAUGUGGAUCUACAGUAAAAGCGUUGGAUCACUCAAACGGUAGCUUGGUUGCCGUGAAAAUAUUAAGAAACUACGCGUGGUAUGGUAGUGCAUAA